CAGCCUUUCUGCCUCUCCAGCGACUCGCUGGCUCGCUUGUUGCGGAGGUCGCUGGCUCCCCGCUUGCAACCCUCCGCCGACGGCUUCGCGCUGCCCGGGGACCGGGAACCCGCGAGACUCUCGUCUGCGGUGCUAAGGGUGUGCCUCAGCAGCCCAAGGCGCGAAAGAGGGACGCCCCGGCCUUGGGGCCACUGUCCUCGCUUUAUUUUCGUUGUCGCGAACGCCGUCCGCCCGGGAGGCGCCCCGUGACCGGCGCGAUGAGUGCCAACGAGGACCAGGAGAUGGAACUGGAGGCAUUGCGUUCUAUUUAUGAAGGAGAUGAAAGUUUCCGGGAAUUAAGUCCGGUUUCAUUUCAAUAUAGGAUAGGUGAAAACGGUGAUCCCAAAGCCUUCCUAAUAGAGAUUUCCUGGACAGACACCUAUCCCCAGACACCUCCAAUCAUAUCUAUGAAUGCCUUUUUUAACAACACCAUAUCGUCAGCUGUAAAGCAGAGCAUAUUAGCCAAGUUACAGGAAGCGGUGGAAGUCAAUCUCGGGACGGCCAUGACCUACACACUGUUUGAAUAUGCCAAGGACAAUAAAGAGCAGUUCAUGGAGAACCACCACCCUGUUCAUUCUGCUGCGUCCAUAAGCAAUAUCAUCUCAGUUGAAACUCCUAACACAGCCCCAUCAAGUAAGAAAAAAGACAAAAAAGAACAACUUUCAAAAGCCCAGAAACGUAAGCUGGCAGAUAAAACAGAUCACAAAGGAGAACUUCCUCGAGGUUGGAACUGGGUUGAUGUGGUGAAGCAUGUAAGUAUUUCUGAAAUAUCUCACGUUUUUCUCUUCCCUACACCCUCAGUUUUAGGUUUUCUUUUUUUAAUAAUGGAAAAUCUGUAGAAAUGAUUUAUAACUGCAGUAAAGUGUGCCUGUUUAUGUAAGUACGUCUUAAGAAUAGACGUACUAAAGUAUGACUCUAAAUUAUAGAUAAUAUGGAAUUUGAAACGAGUCAUGAAAAGGAGUGCUUUGAUUUCUUAGUAGAAGUUUAGUAUUUUUUUACGGCAGACCCUAAAUGUAAUUUCCCACCAUUGUCAAGAAAGAUUUUCUGUUUUUGUUGUUGAAAAUUGUUUACUUUCCACUUGGAACUUUGUGUCCCCUUCUCUCUGUUUUUUCUGCCUUACUCGUCAACUGAUCCUUAACACAGCAAGUCAAUGCCCUGCCUGGGGCUUCGCGAGAUGAGUUUUCACGCCAGCUAGUGUCACUAGUGCUGUGUGGAGUAAUUAAUAUGAUCCAAGAUUAGGAUUAAUGGGGACCCACAAGUAUGGGUAAUUUAAAAGCAGUGUAUUCUUAAAGUUCAUUUUGAAGCCAGCUGUUUGGGCCAAAGGAUGCCUUUUCUAUAGAACCUAUUUGAAGUAAUUUCUGUGCUUCUAAAAUCUAGUACAAAAAUAUUACCUGAGAGUAGGGAGCCAUGAGCCACAACUGGAAUCAGGAAGCACAGUACACGCAGGCCUUGUUUUAUUUCAGUUCACUUUAUCUUGCUUCGUAGAUACUGUUUUGUACAAAUUGAAGGUUUGUGGCAGUCCUCAUUGUCAGACGAUGGUUUGCAUUUUUUAGCAAUGCAGUAUUUUUUGAUUAAGGUGUGUGCAUCGUUUCUUUAGACAUGCUAUUGCACACUUAAUAAACUACGGUAUAGUGUAAACAUUUAUAUGCACUGGGAAACAAAAAAUGCGUGUGUCUCUCUUUCUUACAAUGUUUGCUUUAUUGCGGUCGUCUGGAACCCAGCCCACAAAAUUUUGAGGUCGGCCUUUACCACUUCUUGCCUUCCUGGGAAGAGGCUGACCCUAUACAAGCCAUUUGUGUGGGUGAAGCUUCUCUGGCGUUCUCUUAUUGACUUGGGCCCCCGCCACUGAUCCUUGAUGGAUACUUACCAUUGUCCCAGGUGCACCUGUAUUUAUCUCGCCAGCUAAGUCUGCUCUCCCCUUAAAAUGCUGCCUGCCCCAGAAGGAGCUGUCUCCCAAAUCAGAGUAAGGAUCCAUCUUUUUGGUGUGGCCCAUCCCAGCCAGGCAUGGAAAGGAGAAAAAUUGCGUCAUCCCAAGUGAUCAUGCUCUUCUUUCCCAAGAGCCAGAAGUGUCGUUUUCAGUUUUUUGUUUCUGAUGUGGACCUUUUUUCUUUUUUUGCUGUACGCGGGCCUCUCACUGUUGUGGCCUCUCCCGUUGCGGAGCACAGGCUCCGGACGCACAGGCUCAGCGGCCAUGGCUCACGGGCCCAGCCGCUCCGCGGCACGUGGGAGAUCCUCCCGGACCGGGGCACGAACCCGUGUCCCCUGCAUCGGCAGGCGGACUCUCAACCACUGCGCCACCAGGGAGGCCCGAUGUGGACCAUUUUUUAAAGUCUUACUGAAUUUGUUACCAUAUUGCUUUUGUUUUUUAUGUUUUGGUUUUUUGGCCAUGAGGCAUGUAGGAUUUUAGCUCCCCAACCAGGGAUCGAGCCCACACCCCCUGCAUUGUAAGGCGAAGUCUUAACCACUGCACCGCCAGGGAAGCCCCCAGUUUGUUUUUAAGAGAGACCUUCUUAAUAUAAAUUAGAAUUUUAAGCCAAAAAAGAAAGUAGAAUUCAAAUAAUCCAGUAAUCUUGGGAGAUGGGAGAGAGAUUUUUAAGAAGGAGCUUACCACCUAGACACGGUUUGGACUCAGAAUCCAUAACUCUAAGCUAGUGGUUUCCACAUGUGGUCUUUGGAGGCCCUCUCAGAGGCACUGUCAGGUUCAAACUAUUUGCAUCAAAAUAGUAAGGUGGUUUUGCCUUUUUUACACUUCCUCUCGCACGUGUACAAUGGUAUUUACUAGAGGCUGCAUGAAGUGUGAUGAUGCCAUCACUACAUUCUCCUAUUAGAGCACUAAUGGAAUGUGUGCUUUUAUAUUCUUGCGUUUUCCAGAAUUUUCUAAGAUAGUAAGUAGGUUUAGGGUCUAAGUACGUUCAUUUCUGUGUUCACUCCGUUUGUUCCUGGUACUUGGAUUGUGUUUUUGUUGGCCAUUUUCCACUAUAUCUGCCUUACUAAAGAAGCAGAUUUGUGAGAACCCAGCUAUCUUCUGUUGAGCUCGAUAAUAAAGAGAUUUGCAAAAAUGUAAAACAACACUACUACUCUUCACUUUAAGUUUUGGUUUUUUGUUUUAGAAAAUGCAUUUUUUCAUUUU